AUGAACGAUGAGCUACUUUUAGAUGACAAACCAAAAGCAACCACUAGCUACAAACCAAUAGUACCCAAUAAUGACACGAUCAACCAAUUGGUCAACAUGAUUAUGAGAGAUGGUAAAAAAAUCAGAGCUCAGAAGUUGGUUUCUGAUACUGCCAAACAGCUCUUAAAAAAGAUUGGUGAAAAGGAAGACCCUUACACAGUACUUGCUGAUGCCAUCGAAACAGCUUCACCAUUAGUAAAAAUUAUGAACAAAAAGAGACAUGCUAAAGUGAUUCACGUACCUAAGCCAUUAAAAGAUAGACAACGCCAUCAUCAAGCAAUAGCUUGGUUGUUGGACGCAGCCAAGAAACGAGAUGAAACCACAUUUGAACAAAGAUUUGCUGCUGAGAUUUAUGAAGUCAUAACAGGCACAAGCUCUGUAUUACAGAAAAAGCAACAAGUACAUAAGCAAGCUUUAGCCAACCGUGCAAAUGCCGCCGUCCCUUACAACACACAACGUUAA